AUGACAAACCCGGAAAAAUGGGCCCAUCUCAGCCCCUCCGAAUUUUCUCAGCUCCAGAAAUAUGCCGAGUAUUCUACAAAGAAGUUAAAGGAUGUUCUUGAAGAAUUCCACGGUAACGGUGUACUUGCAAAGUAUAAUCCUGAAGGGAAACAAGACAUUCUUAACCAAACGAUAGAUUUCGAAGGUUUCAAGCUAUUCAUGAAGACUUUCCUGGAAGCCGAGCUUCCUGAGGAUUUCACUGCACACCUUUUCAUGUCAUUUAGCAACAGAUUCCCUCAUUCCAGUCCAAUGAUAAAAACCAAGCCUGCGCUCCUCUCGGGUGGUCUGAGGAUGAGUAAAGGCGCCGUUACCCCUCCUCGCACGUCUCCUGCAAACACCUGCUCCCCAGAAGUCAUCCACCUGAAGGACAUUGUCUGCUACCUGUCUCUCCUUGAAAGAGGACGGCCUGAAGAUAAACUGGAGUUUAUGUUUCGCCUUUAUGACACCGAUGGGAACGGCUUCCUCGACAGUUCGGAACUAGAAAACAUCAUCAGUCAAAUGAUGCAUGUUGCCGAGUACCUCGAGUGGGACGUCACGGAACUGAACCCAAUACUUCAUGAAAUGAUGGAAGAGAUUGACUAUGACCACGAUGGCACCGUGUCCCUGGAGGAGUGGAUCCAAGGAGGGAUGACCACCAUCCCACUGCUCGUGCUCCUGGGCUUGGAAAAUAACGUGAAGGACGAUGGACAGCAUGUGUGGCGACUGAAGCACUUCAACAAGCCCGCCUACUGCAACCUCUGCCUGAACAUGCUGAUUGGCGUGGGGAAGCAGGGCCUCUCCUGCUCCUUCUGCAAGUACACGGUCCACGAGCGCUGUGUGGCUCGAGCCCCGCCCUCCUGCAUCAAGACUUACGUGAAAUCCAAAAAGAACACGGAUGUCAUGCACCAUUACUGGGUGGAAGGCAACUGCCCAACCAAAUGUGAUAAAUGCCACAAAACGGUCAAAUGCUACCAGGGUCUGACGGGGCUGCAUUGUGUGUGGUGUCAGAUCACCCUGCAUAACAAGUGCGCCUCUCACCUCAAACCCGAGUGUGACUGUGGACCGCUGAAGGACCAUAUUUUACCUCCCACAACAAUCUGCCCGGUGGUGCUGCAGACUCUGCCCACUUCAGGAGUUUUGGUUCCUGAGGAAAGACAAUCAACAGUGAAAAAGGAAAAGAGUGGCUCCCAGCAGCCAAACAAAGUGACCGACAGGAACAAAAUGCAGAGAGCCAACUCUGUGACUGUGGAUGGCCAAGGCCUACAGAUCACUCCUGUUCCUGGUACUCACCCACUUUUAGUUUUUGUGAACCCCAAAAGUGGUGGGAAGCAAGGAGAACGAAUUUACAGAAAAUUCCAGUACCUACUAAAUCCUCGUCAGGUUUACAGUCUUGCUGGAAAUGGACCGAUGCCAGGGUUAAACUUUUUCCGUGAUGUUCCUGACUUCCGAGUGUUAGCCUGUGGUGGAGAUGGAACUGUGGGCUGGAUUUUGGAUUGCAUAGAAAAGGCCAACGUAGUCAAGCAUCCUCCAGUUGCUAUCCUGCCUCUUGGCACUGGCAAUGAUCUGGCAAGAUGCCUGCGAUGGGGAGGAGGUUAUGAAGGUGAGAAUCUGAUGAAAAUCCUGAAAGAUAUCGAAAGCAGCACAGAAGUGAUGUUGGACAGGUGGAAGUUUGAAGUCAUACCUAACGACAAAGAUGAGAAGGGAGACCCAGUGCCUUACAGUAUCAUCAAUAACUACUUUUCCAUCGGCGUGGAUGCCUCCAUUGCACAUAGAUUUCACAUCAUGAGAGAAAAACACCCAGAGAAGUUCAACAGUAGAAUGAAGAACAAAUUUUGGUAUUUUGAGUUUGGCACCUCUGAAACAUUCUCAGCCACCUGCAAGAAGCUUCAUGAAUCUGUAGAAAUAGAAUGCGAUGGGGUACAGAUAGAUCUGAUCAACAUCUCCCUGGAAGGAAUCGCUAUUUUGAACAUACCAAGCAUGCAUGGAGGAUCCAAUCUUUGGGGAGAGUCUAAGAAAAGACGGAGUCAUCGCCGAAUAGAGAAAAAAGGGUCUGACAAAAGGACCACACUCACAGAUGCCAAAGAGUUGAAGUUUGCAAGUCAAGAUCUGAGUGAUCAGCUGCUGGAGGUGGUUGGCUUGGAAGGAGCCAUGGAGAUGGGGCAGAUCUACACGGGACUGAAAAGUGCAGGCCGGCGGCUGGCCCAGUGCUCCUCCGUGCUCAUCAGGACCAGCAAGUCUUUGCCAAUGCAGAUCGACGGGGAGCCCUGGAUGCAGACCCCAUGCACAAUAAAAAUUACACACAAGAACCAAGCCCCAAUGCUGAUGGGCCCCCUUCCAAAAACUGGGUUAUUCUGCUCCCUCGUCAAGAGAACAAGAAACCGAAGCAAAGAAUAA